CCGCCGUGAAGUCCAUCGACUCGCGUUAGUCUUUUUUGCGCACCAGUGUAUAAAUCCCUCUAACUCAGCUACAGAGCCUGCGCCGUCGCGGCCUCCACACACUACGUGUUUCAGGCUUAGGAGGCUGGGUCCUCCUCGAGUGCUAUUGCUCUCGUGAUUCAGAUGACAGGGAUUGAGUGGGGAGACAGUUGUCCAGUGUUGACUCCGGAGAAUCCCAUCAGGUCACAAAUACCUGUCCGGAGCGUUACAACAGCGUCAUCUAUCAGGCAGUGCUUCUAGUGUCAGUGUUGCUUUCCCUCCUCCUCACACGGCAGCGGACUUUAGUCCGGAUGAACUACAUUUCUGCUUCCAGUGAAGAAUCGAGUAGGUGCAAACGGUACAAGGUUUAAUUGUGUCCAUCCGUGCACCUAAGUUCAUCCUCCGGUACACCGGCCGCGUGGCAGUUGCCCUUGUGGGUACUACGAUCCACAGAUUUCCCCUUGGUUUCGCACGUAUAAAAUGCCGUGCAAGUGUGGGAUGCGAUUGUCGCAUGCGUGACUCCUCAAGGUUUGGGAGGACUGUAUUUUCUCGUAUUUUCAAUGUCAUCGCACACUUCGAAAAUAUGUCGUUUUUUUCGCUUCUGCAUCUUCACUCCCACCAAAGCGUAGAGAAUGCGACGCCAUCGACAUCGCCAGUCGCGGAGCCUAAUGCGAACGCCAAGGAUCAUCCGCCACGCGCGGGUGACACUGGAUAUCUGUUGCCCAAGCCAGACUCCGGAAAGUCUUCGUCGACGCACAGUGGUUGGUGUCUCUCACCACAUCGAGAUGCCCGAGAUCACAUUUUCUCCCAUUCGUGCAUCUCUUCAGCUGCGUCGGUGAAAAUUCCUCGGCGGACGAAAUCUACCAACCCCGUGGAUCCCAACUCCAACCCAUCGCCCUCGACUCCACCACCCGAAGGUCUUUGCGCGAAGCGCAGUCAUAGCGAAGGAGGUAGCGCAGCAGCUCGGUCGAAGGCACACGGAUGGGGCCACCGAGAAAGGCACGCAAGUCGCAGGCACACGACCCAGCACCUGAAUCCGGUGAAAGCCGGACAGCCGGGUGCGUAUGGCGCUGACGGGGGCACACACGAGAAGAACAUGAGAGAGAAGGGCGAGGAAAGUGCUCCACAGUGCCGGUCGUCGAGGUGGCACCUUGGCGAGUCUCAGAGAGAGCACAGUCUCGCCUCUGUAUUCCAUUCCGUGAUGGUUGCAAUGAAGUCUCUGCCGGCGACGUUUCAGCGCGAGUGGAGCCUGGUGCGUAAAAUCUACCGGCAAAGUGGGCGAGUGAAGCACGCGCAGAGACUGGAGCGGGCGCGGGAGGCAAAGCUCCAGAAAUUCGGACUCUCUCGAAGAGCCAGUUCCAGAAAGCCGCUGCCCUCGCUUGUAUCCAUGCAGCAGGUGGUCCCGACGGCGGAAUGUGCGAGCGCGCUGAUCAAAGAGGUCCGUCGCAACUUGGAGAAGAGUAUGCGGGAUUUCCAGCAUGCUUCGCCAGCCCUGAGUUUCCGCAGAGAGCGUCUUUUCCCUCCAGGACGCGAAUUCGUCGUGCGGAGUCUCGCGCGAAACCCGCCGUUUACCACUAUGGCGCUGGUCGCGGGGCGUCUGCUCGGGGGAGGUUCGGAGGCAAUGGUUUUCGCGGCUGAAGAGAUCGAGUUGCCGGAGAAGCGUGACGUGUUUAUAGGCGCAGACGACGCGUCCAGGGAGACGUCCGGCGAAUAUCUGCCCCGGCUAUUGGCGAUAAAGAUCUACCUGUGCGAGGCGAACUUGCUCGACCAGCCAGUCAAAGCAGCGGAGGAGGCAGAAGCUGUGGAGUGGCUCCAGAUGGCAUUCUGGCGUCUCGUUCCGUCUUGCGUGGACGUUCUGCUUUCGCGUCAGCUGGGAGUGGCCGCGCCUUCCUGGCGCUACGAGUGGCGGACCGAAUCUACUUGAUUCUGCGACUGAUCCAGGUGGUCGCGAAUCUGCACUGUCUCGGAGUCCUUCACAACGACCUCAAGCUCGAGAAUUUGCUCAUCGGUUUGGACGGCCAGCUAUACGUCGGAGACUUAGGCGCCAUCCUGCCUAAUUCUGGGCGACCGACCAAGUUUCAGCGAAUCGGAACGGAUGUGUACCUCGACCCCCAGAGUGCGGCGGAUUUUUUGAGGGACGACGAAGAUUUUUCCGUCGUUUAUUCUCCGCUUCGCGAUGCGUGGGCAGCGGGCAUCGUUUGCUACUACAUCUGGUGCAGUGGUGCACUACCGUACAAUCUAAAUCAGGUAUAUAAUCGCUCUGUGGAGGGAAAACAGAUGUUCGAGUUUAUUGCCGAUUUGCCGACUUCGGGGCAGAAGCUCCUUUUUACAUGCGGUCCAAGCGAAAAGAGUCCGGAAGCGAAUGAAGUCCGUCGCAUCAUCAAGGAUCUCCUCAGUCUCGAUCGGUCCACGCGAAAGACGCCACAGUGUAUCGUUGAACAGUCCUUUCUGUACUCAACGUAUCGUGUUUGAUUGGCUCACCUUCGUGUUUCAUUUGCAGUGAUAGUGUGAAGGAAUGAGUAUUUGACCCAGACCGGCAAGUUCACAACCCACACACAAGUGAGCGCAUACCUACGCGCCGACGGCAUACAGGUAGCAAGGGGUAAAUGGCGCGGGUUGCGCAGGGUAGGACAGUUGAAAGAACUGGUUUAAGGAAGCCUUUGUGUCGAAACUCUCCGUCAACGGACACCGCUGUCAGGUGUCGCAUAAGUUACAUCGCUCUACGUAGCUUUUCACGCGAAGUGCUUGGUGCGUUCUGUCAACGUAGAUGUGCUUGCGUCCGUCCGGUGCUUUUGUGGCAAAUAGGCGUGCGUGCUCAGGCAAAUCGUCAAAUGCGUGAAUAGCAUGCAUGAGUGUGUUUUCGUUUAUCUUGAGUGUUUGAGGAACAGGUGACGUGGCAGUUUUCAUGGGCUCGAGGUCUUAAAAGGUUCGAGUGGUUUCCCGGAUUUGGCACGAAGUUUUCGGGAAUUUCCUUCAGAAUGCUGAACCAUUGGGCCUUUCCCAGUUCAGGUCCCUGAGUUGGUGUGUAUUCUUCAUCUCCCUCCUAGGGGCAUGCAGGAUCACAACAUGGACAAGGGACAUGGUGAUAGUGUCUUUACGUAUGGUCAAAGUGGACGUUUUUCCGGCCGCACUUCCCACGAGCGGUACAAACGUAUUUCUUGUCUGGUGCUGGUGCACCAUGGAGCUUUCAUGACUCUGUGAACCCAAACGUGGACACUCAAAGUCCAAGGGUUCAAACAGCGUUGAGCCGUAAUGGCGGUCGUGUGAGACAGACUGCAUCCUCCUUUUUGAGGGAUUUUGAAGAAGGCAGCCAUGGUGUACGACGGUUGCUGCCAAUCGAAU